AUGAAGUUAUCAAAUUUAAAUUCAAUAUUAAUUCUUGCGGUAUCAUUCCUCAAGUUUUCGUCGGCACAAAAAAAUCUUGAUGCCUCUCCAUUAAUCAUUUCAUCCAAUUCAGAAUUCGGAGGAGCAAUUGAAGGUGCAUCGGUGGAUGUGAAUGGGGAGAUGUUCGCAACAAAUUUUGACGCAAAGUCAUUUGAAAUUGGUAGAAUUACACCAUCACAAUCUCUUUAUCAUACUUCUACAUCAAUAGGAACAUCAUUUAAUGGUAUAAGAUUCAUUCCAUUAACAAAAUCGCAAGUUGAACAAGGUAUUAAAAGUGUAGCCUUCUUGGCCAAUCCAAAAGAAAAUCAAAUUGCGAAAAUCGUUGAAGACAAGGAUGGCAAUAUUGUACAAAGUGUAUUCUGUAAAGAUAAAACUUUAUUCUUGCCAAAUGAUGUAGCGUUUAGUUAUGAUAAUAGUAAAAUUUAUAUUUCUGCACAAAAUUUUACGGACGACACUGUUAUAGGUGAUGGAGGAUUAUGGAUUUGUGAUGGUAAAAGUGGUGAAAUAAUACAACUUGAAUCAUUAGGCAGAACAAAUGGUGUAGAAGUGUCUCCUAAUGAAACAACUUUAUACCUUUCGGAGGCUUUUAAUAAAGGUGGUAAAGUGAUAUCCAAUAAGAUUUGGAAAUUUAACAUUGAUAAAGGUACGGGGAAAGUAUCUAAUCAAGAACUUUUCGUAGAUUUUGAAAAGUUAGAUGGUACUCAAGCUGUUGAUAUUGAUGGUAUGAGGACUGAUAUUGAUGGGAAUUUAUAUGUUACAAGAAAUGGUGAAGGUCAAGUUGUAGUAUUUUCCCCUAAAGGUUCAAUAUUAUCUAGAAUUAAGUUAAGUUCUAUUAUCAAAACUACCAAUUUGGAAUUUGGCGGUAAAGAUGGUAAAACUUUGUUCAUUGUUGGUGCUUGUAAAGAUGACGAUACGAAAGGUUGUGUAGAUACCAUUCAAAAUGAUAUACCUGGUAGAGCGUUUUCUGCUUUAAAAUCUCUAAAUGGAAAGAGUUAA